GUGAUUUCGUUUGUCAGUUCACUCGCCGCUCUUUGGCGGCCGGUCGUGACGAUGGUGCGUUCUGUACUUGAACAAAGAAAUACUUUUGAUCACAAGUGCCUAGAAGAUAAUGUCGUCUGAGCCCCCUACAAUAGAAGUGGAAUUUAUAAACGAGGACAAAUCUUGCAAGGACGGCUCCCAGUCCCCUCUGGCGCUCCUGGCGGCCACGUGCAGCCGGCUCGGCGCCUCCAGCAUGGGGCCCGACCUGCAGGACAAGGAGCAGCAGCAGCAGCAGCACUUUAGUCCACAACAACAGCAACAAGCCCAGCAACAGGCUCAACAACAAGCACAACAACAAGCUCAGCAACAAGCGCAACAACAACACCAAGCGCAGCAACAAGCUCAACACCAAGCGCAGCAGCAGCAGACUGCGCAAUUAAUACAGCAAGUGCAGGGCGACCCGGCCACGCUGGCUGCGAUACAGCAACAGUAUUUACAACAGACGCAGCAACCACAGCUCAGGGUUAUCAGUUCUGCUGUUGUGCAACAGCUGAGGGCUCAGGGAUUGACUGGAAAUGAGUUGACAGCCGCCAUCGCCAACGCGGCCAACACCGUGCCCAAUGGCAUCCAAGUACAACAACCACAGGUGAUAUCCAUGCAGCAGCUCCAGUCGCUACUAGGCGGCGGUGGCGGCGUGGUGAACGACGGCGGCGCCACCUACCAGCAGCAGCCGCUGCUGCAGAUACACCCGCAGAUGUUGCAGGGCGGCGGCGGCAUGUACGGCGGCUGCGUGGUGGGCGGCGUGGGCGGCGUGGGCGGCAUGCAGGCCGUCACCGUGGACGGGCAGGACGCGCUCUUCAUACCCGCGCAGGCACAGAACUUCUCCGGCAUGUCGCAAGUGUCGCUCGUGAACGGACAGCUGGUGCGCACGCCGGUCCUACCAGCCGGGUUUCUGCAGAACGUCAUGCACUUGCCAGCCGAACAGCAGCAACCAACGGUUUCCAUUCCCGGGACUAACAUAUCCUUCCCUCUAAGCGCUUUGACCGGGGCUAACCAGCAGAUGAUUACCAUCCCGGGCACGAAUAUAUCCAUCCCGGCGUCGUCAAUACAAAACCUGCAGAUUCCGUCGAGUCAAGGGACCAGUAUCUCGAUACCGGCCUCGUCGAUACAGAAUAUACAACUGCCGUCAAGCCAGACGAUCACGAUACCGACUAGUUCGAAUAUGGCGUCGAGUAUACAGAUACAGAGCGGAGAGGGCAAGAGCAAGGAGGUGAAGAGCGAGGGCAGCCCGCCGCAAGGGCAAGGAGGCGGCGUGGCAGUGCGCGCGCCAGUCGGCGGCAUGGGCGUGGCCGUGCAAGUACCCGUGUCCGCCAACGGACACACCAUGUACCACACGCUCACCCUGCCGCUCUACCAGCAGAUGCAAGCUCAACCACAAGUGGCCAAUGUACUGACUCCGUCCGGACAAAUACAGCAGAUACAGAUAGCCUCUCUGGCGAACCUACAGCAACAGGCGCAGGCGCCGUCUAGUCAAGCCCCCACCCCGGCCACCAUCACUUUACAACAGAUGCCGGGCCUCGGGCAGCUCGGGGGCGUCCAACUGGUGCCGGCGCUAGGCCUGCCCGGCGUGCAGCUGGCGCAGCUCGCGCAGCCCGCGCCGCCCGCCGCCGCUAUAGGCCAACAAAUCCAGCAAGACCCCAACGAGCCCGGCAAGUGGCAAGUCGUCACCAUGGCGCCGUCAAACAGCUCUUCCAACAGCAGCACCAAUCAGAGCGCAGCACAGAACAGCACGACCGCCGCGUGCGAGAAGGAGAGAGAUAGAGGAGAGGAAACGGGAAAGAGAGUGCUGAAGAGAGUCGCCUGUACCUGUCCUAAUUGCGAUCAGGGGGAGAACCGCGUAGUAGACCGCAAGAAGCAGCACAUGUGCCACAUCGCCGGCUGCAACAAGGUGUACGGCAAGACGUCCCACCUCCGAGCCCACCUCCGCUGGCACACCGGCGAGCGCCCGUUCCAGUGCAACUGGCUGUUCUGUGGCAAGCGCUUCACCCGCUCCGACGAACUACAACGCCACCGCCGCACUCACACCGGCGAGAAGCGCUUCGAGUGUCCCGAGUGCGGCAAGCGCUUCAUGCGCUCCGACCACCUCGCCAAGCACGUGCGCAUACACACCAAGAACCGGAUCACUGAGGUAGCGACAUCAACGCAAUCGAUCUACACGGACAGCGGCUCGGACUCGGGCGACGAGAAGAUGAUGCUGACCAUACACACCGAGGUGGAUAGUGAGGAGAAGCUGGUGCUCAUCCGGCCCGGCAAGCACGACGCGCAGACCAGCGGGGUGGAUAGCUAGGACGAAGACAGUGACGCCGACGGGGACCAGUAAGUCCUGACGGGUCACUGUCCAAGCUGAGGGGCCAAUCACACGGUCCGACGAGCCACUGCUGAAACCGGACCGAAUGACGGGGUCAAACGGGUCACUGUGCUAAGAGACUGGAGUAAGGUUCAGAUCAUUCCCGGUGCAAUUAAAGUGGAGACUAAGGUUUUGUGCAAGUGAGUGCUAACGAAUAUUAAAAGCUACAUAGUAGCAUAUGAACUGUGGGACAGUAUUUUGAAUUUUUCAUACUGUUGGAAAAAAUACAUUUCUGUUGAAAAAGAAAAGUCAAUUUUGGAACACCCUGUAUUUAAUGAAUUACUGAUGAGUGAUUUGGCGGUAUAGUAGCGACUAGCGACUGUGUAAAUAAGAAGCGGUAAUGUGUAUAGUCAGCUCUGAUAAUAUCGCAAUCAGUAAACAUGAAAAACUAUAUUUUUUCUCAAUCGGCAUAUACAACAUUACAAUAGAUUUACAGAAUAAGCAUUAAUUGAAGUUAUUACUAUAGCUGACCAUACAUUUAUACUUGUCGAAAGCGGUAAAGACAGUAUAUCAUGAUAAUGUCGGGAAGAGAUGAUACUAUUUUGUAAAUACAAACUGGUUUUGUCGAUGAAGUGAACUCAGUUUUUAUGAGUAAAAAUAAAAAUAUUUGUAUAAAUAAUUAAGUGUAAUAAUCAUUAUUUUGAUGUUAUGGUUGUAAAUGUUGUGUAUUUUUGUUAAAUAAUUUGAUGGCUAGAAUAUGAAAUCAAUUACAUUAUUGUAUAUUAUACAUUUAUUUAGUAAUUUGAAUGUCUCUCUGUAAGUACGAAGGGUUGCAUAAAUUAUUUGGAUUUAAAUUUGUAGGCAGCUUUUUACCUAUUUAUAUACAAGUGGGCGAUAUGUGGGUAAGUUGCGAUAAAGGGACCACUCGCAACAAAAUGACACCAAUUUAUAGUGAGUGACAAUUUAUACAAGAUAAAUGUUUUAAAAUUAGAUCGGCUUAAAAUAAGUUUACCUACGUAACUACAUGUCAUACACUACAUAUAUAAUACAUAAUAAUAUAAUCACACCAUGGAAUAAUGACUCAAAAUAAAAUGUAUGUGCCUAUAGUUAUUAACAAUUUUGCAGGUUAAAUACCAUACCAUUGAUAAGCGAAGGUUUUUUAUACAAUGAAA